AUGAUGGCUUCUCAUAUUCAUUCUCUGGUUAUGCUUGUUAUGGUCAUGUUGGCCACAUCAAUGAUCCCUUCCAAUGCAAAGCUCACUCGUCAUUUCUAUGAUAAAGUUUGUCCUCAGGCACUGCCAGUCAUAAGGUUUGUGGUUGAACAAGCAAUCAAUCGUGAAAGGCGCAUGGGAGCAUCCUUGCUGCGUUUGCAUUUCCAUGAUUGCUUUGUCAAUGGGUGUGAUGGAUCAGUGCUGCUAGAUGACAUUCCGAACUUCACUGGUGAGAAGACAGCCCUACCAAAUUUGAAUUCAGCAAGAGGUUUCGAUGUGAUUGAUGAAAUUAAAGCAGCAGUAGACAAAGCUUGCAAACGUCCUGUGGUAUCAUGUGCUGAUAUCUUAGCUAUAGCUGCUCGUGAUUCUAUAGCCAUAUUGGGGGGUCCACACCUUUGGUACAAUGUAUUAUUAGGCAGAAGAGAUGCAAGAACUGCAAGCAAGGAUGCUGCAAACACCAAUCUUCCUGCACCAUUUUUCAACUUCUCACAGCUUCUUUUUUCUUUCAAUUCUCACGGAUUGAACCUCAAAGACUUAGUGGCACUCUCUGGUGGCCACACCAUUGGCUUUGCAAAGUGCUCUUCCUUCAAGGGCAGGAUCUACAAUGAUUCCAACAUAGACCAUAGCUUUGCUUCCUCUUUAAGGAAAACAUGUCCUCUAAGUGGUGGAGAUAAUAAUUUGGCACCAUCGGAUUCAACUCCUGCAAAGGUUGACACUGUGUACUACAGGGAUUUGCUUGGCAAAAAGGGUCUCUUGCAUUCUGAUCAAGAGCUCUUUAAGGGAAUUGGCAGUGAAAGUGACAGAUUGGUAGAGCUAUAUAGCAUGAAUCCAUUUGCUUUUGCUAAAGACUUUAAAGCUUCUAUGAUCAAGAUGGGUAAAAUAAAGCCUCUUACUGGGAAUGAGGGAGAGAUUAGAUGCAAUUGCAGAAAAGUUAAUACAUUUUGA